GCUCAUCAACAACUGAAAAAACAUUUCUAUCAGUUGAAAAUAUAGUAUCAAUAUGACAAUAAUAAUAACCAAAAUCCUGUUUAUUUCUUCUCUUUUUCUUUCAAGUGCAUUAUUUCUUGCAAGAUCUGGAGAAGUUGAUGAUGAGAGUGAUUUUAGUUACGAUGAAAACGCGGUGAAUGGACCAGGUAACUGGAGCAACAUUCAUCCAGAUUGGAUCAAAUGCAAUACUGGAAAAAUGCAGUCUCCAAUUGAUUUUCCUAACAAAAAGGUUGAAGUUGUAUCGAAUUUAGGAAUACUUCAAAAAUUCUACAAACCAUCAAAUGCCACUCUCUUGAACAGAGGUCAUGAUAUAAUGUUGAGAUGGGAUAACGGAGGAUUUUUGAAGAUAAAUGGAACUCAAUAUCAACUUAAACAAGUUCAUUGGCACACACCUUCCGAACAUACUAUCGAUGGAAAAAGGUUUGAUAUGGAGGGUCAUUUGGUACAUGAAACCGAUGAUGGAAAGAAUAUUGCUGUAAUUGGAGUCCUCUACGAGAUUGGAUUAUUGCCUGAUCUCUUCCUAAAAAUAAUAGAGAAGGAUUUAAAAGCUCUUGCUGAUAAAAAAGAUGCAGAAAAAGCCAUUGGAAUAAUUGAUCCAAAUCUAAUAAAAUUAGAUGGCAAAAAAUAUUACAGGAAUAUGGGUUCCCUAACAGUACCACCUUGCAGUGAAAAUGUUGUUUGGACUAUUGAUGCAAAGGUUAAAACUGUAACGAGAAAACAAAUUAAACUGCUCCGAGAUGCUGUUCAUGACGGAUAUGAAUUCAAUGCCAGACCAGUUCAGCCAUUAAACGAUCGUCCUAUUAAAUUCAACAAACCUUGGCCUUUUAUUUAGGAAGUGUAUUAACCUUCCCAAAUUGUACUACUGUCUUUUUUAUUAGUAUAAUAAAUAAACUGGCUGGAGCUAUGUCAAACACUUUAUUGUACUACUGGUGCACAGUAAGAAUAACUGUCUCUAGAACUGGGAAUAACUAUGAUUUUAUGUAACAGCAGAUUGUAUCACGAGUUACUCAUUGUAUGCAUGGUAACACUAAUAAAACAAACAUAUGGUAUUAA